GUUGCUCCAAGGCGGCACCAGGUCAGGGUGGGUAGUUAUGCCCUCGGGCUUUGGGUUCGAGGGAGUCAACUCUCUUGAAGCGUAGGGACUGCUGGGGGACGAAUGUGGAAAAGUAAGCAGGGAUGGCAAUGAGCCUGGGAUGCUUGCGAGCGCGGGUUAUAAGCUCGACAAUCGCGCGUCAUUCCCCUGCCUCCCCCGCCGAGUUCCGGGAUGGUUCACGCCAGCAGCGCGCGAGGCUUGAAGAGCAGGACGUGGCGCGCUUCUGUUAGGCAGCUUCCCGUCAGCGCGGCCCUAUGGAUUCCCAGCUGGUUGAGGCUCGCGCUUUGGAAGCCGAGAUCACCGCUCUGAGGCGGGCGUGCGUGGAGCCGCCGGCGCCCGGGGAAGACACCUCCCGAGUUCGAAAAUCAUUUCGAGAAACAUACCAAGCAGAUUCUGAAGGAUGGGAAUUGUCAAAAGAUCUGAGAAGUCAUCUUGGACAUUUAGAAUCAGAAAUUCAGUUUCUAAGUACGCUUACUGGCAUCAGUAUAAGACAUUACUCCAAGAAGACAGAGGACCUAACGAGCACUGAGAUGACAGAAAAGAGUAUAAAGAAAGUUCUGCAGAGACACAGAUUAUCAGGAAAUUGCCACAUGAUUACGUUUCAACUUGAAUUUCAACUUCUGGAAAUCCAGAAUGAGGAGAGUUUAUCUUCUGUUAUUACUGACCUCAGCAUAAUAAUGGAACCCACCGAAUAUUCAGAAUUAAGUGAAUUUGUGUCUAGAGCAGAAGAAAGAAGAGAUCUGUUUAUGUUUUUCCGAAGCCUACACUUCUUUGUGGAAUGGUGUGAAUAUCGUAAGCGCACAUUUAAACGUUUCAAGGAAAAGUACCCAGAGGCUGUGCACCUUUCAGAGGGGGCCUCCUCCAGCUGCAUGGGCAUCAGGAACCCCAGCCGACCAGGGUUUGAACUAGUAAUUGUUUGGAGGAUACAAAUAGAUGAAGAAGGGAAGGUUUUGCCAAAGCUGGAUCUUCUCACCAAAGUGCCGCUGCAAGCCCUGGAACUGGACAAGAACGGAGUCAUAGAAACUGCUCCUCUCAGCUUCCGAACCCUACUGGGCGUGCUGGGCAUUGAAGCCACUCUGGAAAGUCUGAUUAAAUCAUUUCACACAGAGGCAAGCAACUAGUUCCCAAACAGUGAAAAACUACACGUAGAAGUAAGAUGCUGCACCUGGAGGCAUGUGAUUUUAUUGAAUAUAAAAAUUUGCUCUUUUCCACUUAGAAACCUUACCUCUAGAACAUGUUUAUGCAGUUAUGGCACAUUAUAUAUAAGUUGUCAGGACAUAAAAAAUAAAUAGUUAUUUAAAUUCAAAAUACCAAAUAAGUGACACAUAUAGUGUAUUUUUAAAAGUAAACUCAACAUCUGAGGAAGUACAGGAGUGGCUGCCCACCUUGGGAUGUGGGGAGCCACUGUGCGCCCCCCAUGGUAUGAAUAUGAGGGCAGAGGUGGCCCCAGCCCAUCUCAAAGGUCGGCCCUCCUCCUGUCACCCACCACCUAGGGACUCUUGGAGGGCUUGCCAAUGCAGCCUCAUCUCUUAGACAUCCCUCAGAAACCUCUGGGGAGCCACACCACCCUCCUCGCCUCCUGGCUCUGGAAAGCAGCACUUGGAGGCUUUCGCAGCACCUCUCAGCAGCAAGUCCUCUGACAUUCACUCUUCUUGGUCUUCCACAAAAAAAGUAGAGCGGUUAGCAUAAAAAACACAGUAAGACAGCAAAUACGGCACUGUCCCUUCACACAGGACCUUAGCACCCCUGGUCCCUCUGCACAGAAGAAACAGUGUUUUCAUUAAAGUCCCCCAGAGUCUAAGUGCUGCACUGACCUGAGUUGCCAGUUUAAAGUAGAAUGGGUGAAAACAUUGUUUCGAUCAAAUGAAAGCCUCAGAGCAGGGGCCGUGGUGGAGUGUGAGAAGAGCAAAGGGUUGGGUCAAGACCCCCUAGCAGGGGACACUCAUCUAUCACCUCUUCCUCCCAAGUAGAGGGUGAUGGUUUUCAGACAGUCCAGACCAGCCAGGACAGGCAACAGGAGGCUACCCAGCCCACCUCCUUGAGGAGCUGGCGUUCCAGAGCUCUGCACACAGGCACUCAGGGUCCUCUGCACACCCUGGCCAAGACCAUCCUCACCCCAGGCCAGCAACAAGGAACCUCAGGCCAAAACAACUCUGGAAGCUGCCUACUUCCACACACUCUGGAGCCUGCAACUUGCCCAUGAGAACGCGGCUCCAUGCACAUCCCUAUGAGUGGAAUCUCCAAAGCCCCUGUACCCCAACACACCACAUGAAUGAGAAAUGUGUGUCAUUUGAAUAUGUUUUUGAACCUCUGAGUGUAAAAUUAAGUAGUAAGUGGUAAAUGGUAGUAAGAAGUAAAUGAUAGGACAGAAUUGGAGAAUAAAUUCUGGAAGAGCUGGCUUGAUUCUAAUAAGCAUAAUUCUCAAUUUAUCACAAAAUUCCCCACAAAAAUUUACAAUCAGCAAAAUAUUCUUAUUUUUUGUGUAGUAUUUUCAUACAAUCCCAUGGUUUCACUAAUAUUAUAUUACAAUAAGCCUUCAUUAGUCCCUCAAAAUGAUGAUAUAAAUAAUCUAUACAACCUACCAUAGAAUAAAAAACUGAAGCCAAGAUUCCCAACAGUUUUCAUAGCAGCUGGGCACACUUUUGGUGACCCCAACAAGAACCCUCAUAGUGCCAGCCAGGAGUCUUGCGGAAGCAGGGCUUUGGGCAGCCCCGAUGGGGAGGUGGUCCAGCACCACUCAAGGCCACUAACACCACACAUCUUAGUGAAACCCAAGGGAGGAACAGGUAUGGGGAAGGAGGGAAAACUCGAUGCUGGCUCUGGCAGAAGUAGCUGAGGUUUCCCAAACACCCAAAAAUGCCAGGAACCCAGAGCUGGCAGGAGCACAGCCACCCCAUGACACCCACGCUGGGCACAGCAGCUCAGAGUUGCAGCUCUGCUUCCAGCUCCCACAGCAGCAAUUUCAGGUGGGAAAGAACACCUUGUCUCCCCUGAAGUUAAAGAGGAUAAAAUCAUUCAGCACAAAAAAAAAGUCAGUGCUCGCAUGAGUGGUGUCAACCCCUGCCCUGAGUGCCACGCUCCCUGCUGACCCUGUGCAGAGUGGUGGGUAUGGCAUCUCCACAGGGACUCUGAGUCCACUGCUCAAAACUGAUGUCCAUAUCAACAACUUAUUGCUCUCCACAGCAGGGAACCACUAAACCUGUGCUGACACAUGGCUUGCAUUGGAAAAGUGACCAAGUAACUCAGCUGGGAAAGUUCCAGUAGUAUCUGUGUUUUCUUAAAAGUCCAAACUCUAAGGUAUAUGUGACAAUUCAAGUUUUCUGUGUUAGGAUUCUGGUGGUAGGAGAUCCAAACCUUGGGUCUUAUAAGGCUUUUUAGAGAUUAGACGUGAGCCCUGCGUGGAAAGGGAGAACUGCCCAGAGGGGCCUCCUGGACACAGCACACUGCUGGGCUCACGUCCAACCUUGCCCUGGAAGAUGUCUCUAGUGCUCUUCCAUUCUGUGUCUCCCAGAGGCAGUCCCACCUGAACAGGGGUUGAAAAGCAAAAACAUUCACAGCCAAAAGUCACCCAACACAACAGAAACUCUGUCAUUCAACCUUCACAUUCUAUGUUCAAGUUUCAAAACCACUACAGGAAAAAAGUUAGACCUUAUGGAGAACUAAUGUGCAAUCUUCGCUUUCCUUGAACCUAGUUGACAUCACGGUGGCGUCUUUGGCAUGUACAGUCUUUAAAUAGUAGUUGACUAUCUUGCCAUCCAGUUUAUACUGAUGAGGAAUGCUCUCAUAGGGCUUGAGGUCAAGAUCCAGCACAGACACGGAGAAGGCAAACCUGGAUCUCGAUGAAGGGACAAUGGGCCUUUGAUCAGAGCUGGAAGCAAAAGAACAAUUUCAGAAUACACAAACCUCCCAAAUCCUCUCAACCCAACCCACAAAGAGCACCCAUUCUAUGCAUCAAUAUGCAUUCCAUCUCUGUCUAUGCCAACUGUAUGUACUAGUGCUAGAAACUUCUGCAAGAGAGGCACCUACUGUGAUACCCCCCAGCACACCAGAGAAGAGAGAGUUAAUGUGCAGAAAGAUGGAAAAGCAAUUAUGUAGAAUACUCGAUUGAUAUUCACCAUAUCCCAGUAGUAUAAACGAAUGCUAAGAAAGUUACUUUAUCAUGAGCCGAGUAUUACAAAACCUAAGAAAAUGGGGAAAGUAGAUCUGGCUAUUCAACAGCCAAACGGAUAAAAUGUUGAGGACAGACUUCUCUUUUCGUGUCCUUUAGCGUCUGGUGAGAAACUCUUGCUCCUUUAUACUUUUUCACUUUUGGAGAGAGAGAUCUAGUCUCACGUUUUAUUCUCAAAUUGUAUCUGCAGUGUUUGGUGUUUUGUUUCUUAGGGUUUAGUUGUGGUCUUUCUAAAUAUUGUAAUAGUUGUAUGCUUAUAAUGAAAUAUGAGCAAUUACUUGUACUUAAAAAACACUUUCAGGCUAAUUCUGAAUUUUGUACUAAGAUUGCUACAUAUAUCACUUAGCUCUCAGAGUGCUUGACACAUAGUAUACAUCCAGAUGACUGGUUAGAUACAUUAUAUGAGCUCAG